CCUGAUAGUCAACUAAUCGGUAAUUUGUCACUUGACUGUAUGCAGAUGCCAGAGUGACAAGGGAACCAUCUGUGUCAUUUUCCAAAUCUCAAUCUUCUCCAUUUUUUCUAUUAAACUUUGAAAAUUGAUUCCCCCAAUUUUCCAAACAUCACUCCCAAUGCUCAUAACCUCUCAUUAAUUUAUUCAUUUCAAUACAAUUAACAUUAGAAACCACCUGCAACAAGUUAAAAUUUUAUCAUUUUAGUUACUCGAGGAGCUUCGAUUCCAACAAGAUUAAACAAAAAACACAACAUUUUGUCUUCAGAACUGUAGAAACCAACCUCAUUCCAAUUUUAACUCAAGUGUCCCUUUAUUUUAGGUUUUUUUGCAAGAAAUCUUUCUAGGUAUCGCGUGUUUGCAGUGAAAGAUCUAAAGGGCCUUGUUUUUUGGGGAAGAUUUUGUCGGAAUCAAUCGUAGUUAACAGAAUGAAGUUUGUCAUUAUGCUGGUGGUUUUGUUUAGGGUUUCUGUUUCAAUGGUGGGUGCUUCCGAUAGCCUUCUUUCUCCAAAGGGCGUCAACUAUGAAGUGGCUGCAUUGAUGUCUAUGAAGAAUAAAAUGAUCGAUGAAUAUCAUGUGCUUGAUGGAUGGGACAUCAAUUCUGUUGAUCCUUGUACUUGGAACAUGGUCGCUUGUUCUUCUGAGGGUUUUGUAAUUUCUCUUGAAAUGGCUAGUACUGGAUUGGCAGGAACAAUAUCAUCAAGUAUUGGGAAUUUGGGACAUCUUCAUACAUUGUUACUACAAAACAAUGCAUUAUCUGGUUCAAUUCCAGCUGAAAUUGGAAAACUUACAGAAUUAGAAACUCUUGAUUUAUCAAGUAAUGAGUUUGUAGGCGAAAUCCCAAGUUCAUUGGGAUCCUUGACUCGUUUAAGUUAUCUGAGGCUCAACAAAAACAAGUUGUCAGGGGAUAUUCCUGGACCUGUGGCAAACCUCACAGGUCUUUCAUUCUUGGAUGUGUCAUUCAAUAAUCUCAGUGGUGCUUCGCCAAAAAUAAGAGCUAAAGACUACAAGAUUACAGGGAACAAUUAUCUUUGCACUUCAUCCUCAUUAAAUUGUAUCAAUGUCCCCAAAGUGGCUAAUGAAGCUAAUUCUAACAAGAAAAUAGACAACAAGCACCAUUGGAUUGUGUCUGUUAUGGUGGGAGUUAGUUGCACAUUUGUGAUUUCUAUUAUGCUUCUUGUUUGUGGGGUCCACUGGUAUCGAUCUCGCCUUAUAUGUACAUCUUAUGUGCAACAAGAUUAUGAAUUUAAUGUGGGGCAUUUGAAAAGAUUUACAUUUCGUGAAUUGCAAGUGGCAACAGGGAAUUUUAGUUCCAAGAAUAUUUUAGGACAAGGGGGAUUUGGAGUGGUUUACAAAGGGUGUCUUGUAAAUAAGACUUUGGUGGCUGUGAAAAGACUAAAAGACCCUAAUUUCUCAGGGGAAGUGCAAUUUCAGACUGAACUUGAGAUGAUAAGCUUGGCAUUACAUAGGAAUCUUUUACGUCUUUAUGGGUUUUGUUUGACUUCGGAUGAAAGAUUACUUGUUUACCCUUAUAUGCCUAAUGGAAGUGUUGCAGAUCGAUUGAGAGACUGUGGUCAUGAAAGGCCAAUUUUGGAUUGGAGUAGACGGAUGCAUAUUGCACUUGGAGCUGCAAGGGGACUUGUGUAUUUACAUGAACAGUGUAAUCCGAAGAUAAUCCAUAGAGAUGUAAAAGCUGCAAAUAUUUUGUUAGAUGAGAAUUUUGAAGCAGUUGUCGGUGAUUUUGGUCUUGCUAAGUUGUUAGACCCCCGCGAUUCACAUGUCACAACUGCUGUUCGUGGUACUGUGGGCCACAUCGCACCUGAAUAUCUCUCCACUGGACAAUCCUCUGAAAAAACGGAUGUUUUUGGAUUUGGGAUUCUUUUGUUGGAACUUAUAACGGGUCAAAAGGCAUUAGAUGCAGGAAAUGGUCAACUUCAAAAGGGAAUGAUUCUUGAUUUGGUUAGAACUUUAUACGAAGAAAAACGACUACAAGUAUUAAUAGAUCGAGAUCUUAAUGGUUGUUAUGACAAAGAAGAGCUUAAUGAAGCUGUAAAACUUGCUCUUGUUUGCACUAUUGCACAACCAAAUUCUAGACCAAAAAUGUCACAAGUCAUGAAGGUUCUAGAAGGUAUCACUGGUCAACCGGUCAAUUUAGAAGACACACAAACGGGACCCACACAACCAUGUGAGGGAACGAGUUUUAGUUUUUUCAAAAAUCAUAGUGAUGCUCAUGAUGGGUCUUCGUUUAUAAUUGAAGCAAUGGAGCUAUCAGGACCCCGGUGACAGAUUUUGAAUUAGUUGUGGUGUAAUUGUGAAUAUUUAAAGUUUAGGGGUUGUGGUUUUAGAAAGUUUUUGUAAAGAGAUGUAGCCAAAGUUUUGUAGUCAAGGAUGAUGACAUGGCUUUGACAUUUUGAGUACCUAUUUGAAAUAUUGUAAGAAUUUCAAAAAUUGCACUUGGU